AUGUCUUGCAACAGUUUGACUCCUCAUCCUCAUCCUGCAGUACCAAUUAGCCCUCAGCUUACCUCAACCAUCAUAGAGCAGAAGAGGCCCAGAGCAGUUGCAGUUUUUGCAGCAAAAUCUGGAGGAUUUUCACUCAACUCUUUCUUGAAAAAGUGUGAAACCUGUGGAGGCAAAGGUGCAAUUGAAUGUCUAGGAUGCAAGGUGCUCUCUUAA